AUGGGCCUGCUAAUUCCGAAAAUGGCUGCGGAAAUCCGGUCACAUGGGAAUGGAGAGAACUUCAGAAACUGCUCCGAGAGCCCGCGAACAGGCCACCAAACCUUGCACUAUCCGGCUAAAUUUAGCAUGGCUACUAUCCGCGAAGAGCUUAUUCAAUUGGCUAUAACGAAUAUUCAACAGGGUCUUUGUUCCAUACGUUCUGCGGCUGAGAAAUACAGCGUUCCCUCUUCCACGCUGUCAGACCGACUCCAUGGCUCACAACCACAAAGACAAGCCAAAACCCACAAUCAACGGCUCAGCCCUGUGCAAGAAGAGUUUGUGGUCGACUGGUGCCUUAAUGAAGAAAAGUCUGGAAGGGCUCCUAGCCGUAGCCAGGUCGUAGGUUUCGCGCAGGCCAUCUUGGCUGAAGGAGGUGAUCGUCAGCCCCUGGGUGCCAGAUGGAUCGACCGCUUCCUACGCCGCCACAAUGCUGUCAAAACUAAGAAAUCAGCUUUGUUGGAAAGCUCUCGUACGAAAGACUCUACACGGGAAGCCUACCAAGCUUUCUAUAGGAGGCUGGAGUUCCACAUCCGCGACAAGAAUAUCAUACCCGCGAAUAUAGCCAACGUCGACGAGCAUGGCAUGCAGGAGAUGGAAACCACGGCUGGCACGGUUAUUGGCAGUUCCCUCACACGUAGAGCUUACACAACUAGCUCUGACACAACGACGUGGGUUACUGUCAUUGAGUGUGGUACUGUAGAGGGGGUCCGACUCUCGCCAACUAUAGUCUUUACCGGUGCCUCCCUUCAGGGACAAUGGUUCCCUCCCAAAGCCGAGCUAGAGGUAGACUUCCUGGACUGGAAGUUUGACUACAGUCUCACAGGCUGGAGCAAUAGCCAGAUUGCCUUGAAGUGGCUGAAAGAGGUGUAUCUACCACAAACUCAGCCUCAAGGUGACGAGUGGAGGUUACUCAUCCUCGACGAACACUCUAGCCACACAACCGGUGACUUCAUGGCCACAGCUUGGCUAAAUAAGGUUCAGCUGGUCUAUCUACCUGCUCAUACCUCCCACAAGACCCAGCUUCUCGACCGCAGUGUUUUCUCAGCACUGAAAAGCUAUUUCCGGCAAGCUACCAAGGCGCUCGCAAGCUUCACGGCAUCAGCUGCUAUAAACAAGCGACGGUUCCUCCAUUGCUAUAGAGAUACAUCCAAGCUUGGAAUGUCAGCUAGGAAUAUUAUCUCUGGGUUCAGAAACACCGGUAUUUGGCCCCUAGACCCAUCCAAAGUGCUGGAUGACCCCGAGGCAGUCCUGGAAAGCCAGGCCCUCCCUGUACGGCCGAAAACACCACCCCCUGAGCCUAGGACUGAGUUCUGGACACCUCAAAAGAGCCAGGACAUCCGUACGCACCAGCAGGGUGUAAGUGAGGGUAUGGAAGCUAGUGGACGGCUGACAAGGACUCUGUUGGCCAAGGCAGGCAAGGCUUUGGAUGCUAAGAAUGCCGAGAUGGCAUCUUUGAAGGCCCAGGUCGACCACUUGACGAAGGAAUUAGAGUCUCACGAGCCACAGGGCCGUAAGAGGGUCAAAGAGAAUGCCAAUGAUAAAUUUACAAGGAUAGAGGAUAUUAUCCAGGCGAAGGAGGAUUCGAUGAAGUCUCCUAAGAAGAAAAAGAAGAAGACACAACAGGACAGUCAAGAAGUCAAGGAAGCCGAAGAAAUAAUUGUAGACGCUGUUGAGCCUGGUGGUGAUGGUGGCGCCAAGUGUCCGAUUGUGGGGUGUGUCCGGUUGUGGGGUCUAGUCGUCUAA